AUGGGCGGGAGCCUCCGGAGGAAGAAACGCGCGCGCGCGGCGGCGGGGAAGCGCCCCGCCAGGGUGGGCGGCACCAAGAACUUUGCCGUCGGGAAGGCUUUGGUCGACGUCGCCGCCGUCGUUUUACCCGGCGGCGCUUCGGACGCGGCGAUCACGACGUCCUGGGACGUCGAGCGCACGCCCGGGGCGAACUACGCGCGGAGUGGACUCGCGAGCGACCCGAAUCGCGUCGGACGGGGCGGACGGAACGAGGCGCGGGACGACGAGGUGGUGCGGCUGGCGCGGACGCGCGCGGCGGCGGCGGCGGACACGACGGAUGAAAAGCUGGCGGCGUGCGGAGAGACGCGCACGACGGGGCACGCGGCGCCGAAACGGUUGACGCCGAAGCAAACGCGCGUGGUCGAGCGAUUGGUCGAGCGACACGGGGAGGAUUUGCGAGCGAUGAGCAUGGACCGGAAGCUGAACGCGUUGCAGCACACCGUCGGGCAGUUGACGCGCUUGGUGGAGAGUUAUCACUUUUACGCGAAGGAGCGAGAUAUCGGGGACGAUAAGGUUCGCGUGGAUUUCAGGGCGCCGAAAAAGGGGAGGCUCAGGGGGAAGUUUUAA